AUGACUGCCACCGCGCCCUACAACAACCACAGCCUGGUGGGCGAGGCACUGCGACUGCUGGCCGCCGGGCUGGGGCCCUACGUAAUCGGCAAGAUGAAAGAGGCGGUGGACGCCGGUCGGUACGUUCCCGACGACUCCGAAGCGCUGGGCGAGAUUGCCGCCGAUGUCGCGGUGACUCUUCGGGUUAUGACCACCGCGUGGAAUGACGUGUUCCGCGACCGUCUGGGACCCGCGGAACGGAGCCUGGUGUCCGAGAUCCGUGAGAUCCGCAACCGCUGGGCGCACCAGGAAGGCUUCGACGACGACGACUUGGACCGCGCGCUGGAUUCCGUAGGUAGGUUGCUGGGCGCCGUCGGCGCCGUCGAUCAAGCCAAGCGCAUCGACGCCGCAAAACACCGCCUGCGCCUGAAACGUUACGGAGCCGCAUCGACCCCGGCGAACGGCGCGGCGGGUUCCGCAUCCGACCCGGAGGUGCAGCCGGAACCCGCCGGCGAGCCGGCUGAAUCACGACCGGCGGAUCGCCGCAACGAGGCGGAGGCGCGGCCGGCCGCUGCGCCCAGUCCCGAUGCCGGCAACCGGCCAGCUAAUCCGGCCGUCAACGAUGACGCCGUGCAGGAACACAUCCUCAAGGGCGUGGAAUACAGACGCCAGGAACACUUUGAACACGCCAUGGGGGAAUUUGAGCAGGCGCUGAGCAUCAACCCGGAGCGGGCCGACGCCUGGUUCAAUCGAGGCAUGACCUGGGGAAUCAUGGGCGAUCACCGACGGGCGAUCACCGACUUCAACCGCGCGAUCGCAAUUGCGCCGCUGUAUGCCGAGGCCUACAACUGUCGCGGGUACGCCCAUUUCUGCCUGGAAGAUUACCGGCAAGCGGUGGAGGACCUGGAACGGGCCAGUCGAUUGAAUCCGGAUGACGAGCUGAUCCAGGGUAACCUGCAGCAGGCCCGGCUGCGCUUUCUGCAACAGCCGGGGAACCCCAAUACCGCGCGGCACGGCUUGGGACCCAUGCUUUAG